AUUUCCAUUUGGGGAAACUACAACGAAAACACAAAUCAGUAUUCAACGGACAAAUCAUUAACGCUACAAAUGGCUUUGGAAAAGGUUCUAUUUUGCGGGAUAGUAGCAAUGUUUGUUGCUAUCAAUUUGGCUGCAGCAAACAAUGAAGUUGAAUCUGUAUUUAAAGAUAAUGAAAUUAUUCCCGAUGUUAUCGAUGCAGCUCCCCAACAAUUUCUAAAGGUAUCCUAUGACAAUGGGUUGACCGUAGACAAAGGCAUUGAACUAACACCAACUCAAGUACAAAAACAACCAAAGGUUGAAUGGGAUGCCGAAGAUGGUGUCUAUUAUACACUUAUAAUGACCGAUCCAGAUGCACCCAGUCGUGUUGAACCGAAAUUUAGAGAAUUCCGUCAUUGGUUGGUUGUAAAUAUACCCGGCAAUCAAAUUGAUCAAGGUGAGGUGUUGGCUGCCUAUAUUGGCUCAGGACCACCAAAGGGUACAGGCCUACAUCGUUAUGUAUUCCUUUUGUAUAAGCAAUCGGGAAAAUUGGAAUUUGAUGAAGCUCGCGUCGGAAAUAACUCUAGCCAAGAUAGACCAAAAUUCAAAGCAGCCAAAUUUGCAGAAAAAUACAAUUUGGGCUCACCCAUUGCUGGUAACUUUUAUCAAGCCCAAUAUGAUGAUUAUGUGCCCAUCUUGCACAAGCAAUUGUCAGGCCAGUAAACAAUGAUAGCCCACCAAAUGGAAUUUUUUUAAAAACCAAUUGUAUACUAUAUAUUUAAAGAAAAAUUUUAUUAUAUUAUUUCAGUUUUUUUGCAUUAAACAAAAAAUUUUCGUUUUC